ACAAUAUAAGUAUAGUAUUAUCUACUAUUCAAAUAGUAUGAAACAAUAUUUUUCUUCAAGUUGAAGAGUGUACAAAAUGGUACACUUGGAGUCCUAACGGUAAUCACGUGGUUAGUAAUAAAAAAAUGAAGUCCAACUUUUUCUCGUGUUGUACUUGUGCUGUACUAAAUUUGUCUAAAAAUAAAAUAAAAAUAUUCUCAAAAAGUAAAGUAAAAUAACAAUGAGAAAAGUUAAAUAUAAAAGAAAGUAAAAUAUAAAAUAAAAAUGAGAAUAAUACAGUGGAAAGUAAGUGUACAUUUUUUUGAAAGGAGGAAAGUAAUACUAAUAAUAUAAAGACAAGAGGUGGUAGUAGGAGUCUCAGUCAGUCAACUCAAAUUCUAAAAAUUGGGGUGAGAUAUGGAGAGGCAGCAUCCACCACCGCUGCCGCAUGCAAGCACCACCGCGCACGGCCGCGCACUCGAAAACCUGAAAUCGCUGGUCAUAAAAUGCGCCAUGGCCUCAGCUCCAGCUCAAUCGCUCUCCGUCCAACACAAUACCCUGAUCGAGAAGCGUAUUCAAGAAUUAAUUCCCACCAUUCACACACCUGAUCACCCCACUUAUCAAUGGAUGAUUGAGAAUGCAAUAAAGCAGUUGAAUGAGGAAAGGGGUUGGGACGAGGAGACAAUAUCUAAGUUUAUUUUGAAGGAACAUAAGGACUUGCCUUGGGCUCAUGCUACUUUUCUUAAGCACCAUUUGGAGAGGCUUUCUAAAAAUGGUAGCAUUACUAAGAGCCAUGAUGGGUGCUACUUCAUUGGCAGAGAAAGCAUCACAAGCGACCGCGUUUCUAAGCCCAGGCUGACGAUUACUUGUACAACCCCUAGCCCUAGCUCCAGCCCUAGCGCUAGCCCAAGCCCAAGCCCCUCCUCUAGCUCUAGUGACACCUCUGAUUCCAGCUGGAGUAUUGAACUGAAGAGGGGAAGAAAGAAGAAGAGGAAUUGUAGAAAAAAGAGACCUACAACUCAUCCCAGGGGUCGAGGACGUGCUUAUGCUCGUGGGCGGGGCAGGGGUCGGGGGAGGAGUGCUUGCAAUGAGGAUAUGAUGAAAGAUGCAUGUAUUGGCCAAGCGGCAGCUGGUGAUAUAUGCAUGGAUGUAGAAAUACUAAGUCUGCUGACAGAAGAUGAGGCAAGUGAUCAAAGUGUUGAAAGGAAAGAAGUUCCUCAAGCACAAGCAAAUCAAGAUAAUAUCCAUCAACAGCAAAGCAUGGUAGCUCCAAAUGAUGAGCAUAGAAUGCAGGAAGUGCAACAGAACAUGGGAGAUAGUUGCUCUACUCUUACGACCAAUCCUUCAUCACAUGGGAGAGAACUGACAAGUGAGCAGGAAGGGAGCAAAAAGGUUAGGCAACAGAGGAGAAGCAACAUCCAGUCAAGCCAGACUCGGAGGGGAAGGGGAAGACCGCGUAAGAGAGUUUUGCAGACGAGAGAAACUGCAAACAAUGUGAAUCUGCUGGGGGCAAACAUGAUGGAAGGAAACGAAGACAGCAUGGAUGAGCUCAUCGAUCAAGUAUAUUGUGAACUUACAAAACCAAUAGUAAUUGAUAGUGACACAGAUGAGGAAAACCAUCAAGUAGAAAUGAACCAAGAAGCAGAGUGUCAAGCAGUUGAGGUUUGGCCACAGCAACAGCAACAAAAUGUAACCGGUGAAGCAUGGAGGAAUACGCAGAUCAGUGAGCUUGGGAAUGACAAACUGAGGCCUCAAAUGCCAAAAAUUACACCUCCGACUAAAGAUAUGCUGAUGGAAGUAGCUGUAGAGAUCAUGAGACCAAUAGAGGCAGCCGAGAUAGGAGAUCUGUUGCUGCAAACUCAAACACAGACUGGGGAACCAAGUCUGUCAAGACAAGGCCAAAGCGAAAGGUAUGAUAUAUAUCAUGUUAAAACUCAUGGGCAUGAUGAAUGCCAAAUCACUGAUGAACAGAAGCUACAAGAGACUAAAUUUGCUAAGGAUCAAGGUAUUUGUAUCCAAGAGCAAAAUCAGCGUCGUAAACAAAGGCCAAGAGCUUCUAGAAACGAGUCCACUAACGUUGCAGAUGGAUCUAAAUCAUUCAAUGCUGGGUCUGCUCUUCGGAGGAGGAAGUAAGGGAGUGCUCUUGUGUGAAGCAUUACAGCAAUUGUUUUGAGGAUAUUUCACCUAGAAUAUGACCACUUUAGCCAAUGGAGACGAGUGCGAAGCGACGUUGCUUGUACUGUGUUAACUGGAAUCAUAUGAAGUUGAAGCUACUUAUACUUGGAUGAAUACCAAGGCAUUUUGGCUUGUAGAUGACUGUAUUAUCAGUGAUGAUGAUGUAUAUAUUUAGAGACUUCAAUAUGUUAUAUCCAGUUUAAUGUUAUAACAAAUUAACAAUGUGCAGUUACUGGAAUUUGUAUAUGGUAAUGAGGGCUUCUACUA